CCUCGACCGGGGGCCUGGGAAAGAGAGACUGACAGAGAGAGACUCUCCAAACUAUCCAAACUAAAUCUUUGAACGACCACAAUCCUCAAAGUUGCUCCUCUCAAAUCGCCUAAAAAGUAAUCCACUACAUAUUUUCCAAGCCAUACGAAGCCAUACGAACCACACGGUCGCCCUCUACACUAGAUACCCCCCCUUUAUCAAAUCGCAUGACCACAACAUCAGCAAACACUUCGCUCCUGCGUAUGCCGUUAUUUCUCGAUCGCUUUCUUUCGACCGUAGCAAUAUUUUCAUACUUGAGCUCCUUCCGGUCGCGUGCAUGAUCAACAGAAAGGACCCGCUCAACCCUCCGAAUCAACUUCCUCGCCCUCCGCGUCUCCAUCCCCAUCCACACGCUCCUUUUCCAUCACGAAAAUCAUUGCGCCAGUCUUCCUCAUGACGGCUGUCGCGAGCCCGCCGACUUUUAAUCAGCAUAACCGGCCGGCAUGGAGUAUUAACGGCGGCCACGCCGGUCAGAUCAAUCCCACGAGUUCCGACGAGCUGACCCGUAUGUUUUUGCCUAGAAAGAAUUUGCAACGAAACAACUCGUCAUCUUCUAUCUCCUCCCAAUCAUCCGUAUCUUCUACCUCGACCAUCGCCACCACUGGUUCCCAAACGAAUGGAAAUUCUAUGCCAAAUCCUGCUGAUAUGGGCGCGUGGAAUAAUGGUGCUGGAACGCGAAAACGACCUCAACAGAAGAACCCCUGGCCUUCUCCGAAACCAGACGCCCAGUCCGAUUUUGCUAGAAUGUCCGCAGGACGUCCACAGUUGGUUGCUGGCUUGAACGGAUCUACACCUAUGCAUACACCAUCUUCGAUUCUCCCUUCACAAGGUCUCGUCGGGGCGCAACAGGCUAUGUCUCGCCCUAUGUCUGAUUUACCUGCCGGAAACCAACCUGUCCUGUAUCUAUUAUCGCUAAAUGGAACCUUCGAGCGCAAGACGAUUUCUGUACCAUUCUCCCCUGAUACCCUUAGGAUUGGUCGUCAGACGAAUGCUAAGACAGUUCCUACUCCGAUAAAUGGCUUCUUCGAUUCUAAGGUCCUGUCUCGUCAACAUGCUGAGAUCUGGGCAGACCGUCAAGGAAAAAUAUGGAUCCGCGAUGUGAAGUCUUCCAACGGCACUUUCGUCAACGGGACGCGUCUAUCCCAGGAGAACCGAGAAUCCGAACCACACGAAUUGCAGACUGGAGACCAUCUCGAGUUAGGUAUCGAUAUUGUAAGCGAGGAUCAAAAGACGGUUGUCCAUCACAAAGUGGCGGCAAAGGUUGAACACGCAGGCUUCUUGAAUCCUUCGAGCAAUUUGCUCGAUAUGAAUUUUGGCGAUCUCGACCCCGCGAACGGGUCUAUGAUGAUGAUGGGGCCGCAGGGUGCUGUUCCUGUUCGACCACGCACUGGAAGCCAAGCUUCUAUGGCAAGCAACGGAAGGGUUCUAGCGGGUAACGGCAUGGUUGGUCCGCAGGCCAACGCCAUGAACCAGCGGGGGCUAUUCUUCUCGCCUAUCAGCACAGAGCAGAUUGUAAAACGACUCCAGCAUGAAAUGCGAACUCAGCGUCUCCAAUCGCAUGAUUUGGGCCGAACAAAUCAAUUUGUUCAGGGACUGCUAACCAAAGAGGAUAUUAAAGAUAGUGAGAAGGUGGAGGCUGCCGAGCAACCGAAGUCGCAAAUAAUUAAUGGGAAUGGGAUCUCCUUCAGGUCCGACAACAAAACUAGAUUUUCUGAUCCUCCAGCACCUCCUCCACAGCAACCCUUACCCGAGAAGCCGGAUGUUCCAUCUCUUAAGCGAGGCAUCACAGAGCGCCCUAAACAGCCCAAUGGCCAAAGUAUGUCGCCAAUUCGUCAGGACGGCAAUACGAGCCAAAUCCUACAGUUGACGGAGGCACUCAACAACGCGAAGCGAGAAAUAGAAUCCCAAACUUCGCGCAUGAAAGAUCUUGAAGAAACUCUCCAAAAGGAGAGACAGGCUCGAGAGCUUGCCGAGGAAUUGAACAGGCGACUAGAGGAGGCAGCAGCAGCAAAGACGAAUGGUGCCCCCGUAAAACCAGAAACCCAAGAGACUGCCUUACAGGAAGCCUUCGAACCCCCCGUCGACGAAAUUUCCUCGCCCGCAACCAUUACGAUACCCAACGACAUUAGCAAGACGGCUCCUCAACCUCAGGCAGAGGCUAUCGAAGCUUCUGCCACACAUUUACACGCUCAGAUCGAAUCGAUGGUGCUCGAAAUGAAAGACUUGCGACAACAGCUAGAAGCCUUCAAGCAGCGGGCGGAGACUGCCGAAUCAGAAAGAGACGCAGACCGCAAGAGUCUGGCUGAGAUGGCGUUGCAAAUCCGAAGAGAUAUCGAGGCUAAAGAAGCCGCUGCACGAGAAAAGGCUCGUUCAGACGCCCGCGUCGAGACUUCUGAUAGUUCAACUACCACGAAGGAGCCUCCCACUUCGACGAGGUCGACGUCGCCAGAUUUGAAAGAAGGCCAGUCAACCCCCAGCGAUCUUAAUGGGCAACCAACGCUAUCAAGAACCAAUACUAUAACGCCUCAGUCGGCAGCAUCUGGCAUUAUCCAGCGCGACCAGGUGUUGGCAAACAGCAUACCUUACGCGUCGAUGAUAGGUGUAGUACUCAUUGGCAUGGGUCUAAUGGCCUAUAUAAACGGAUGGCAAACCCAACCAAAACUCGAGCGAUGAACCACCCAUAGACACAGCCGAGUAUAGUUCAUGCGCCCGGGCACCGCCGAAACCAACCAGAUAUCGAUUUCAUCCAUUCAUCACAUACUACGACUCUUCCCUUUGUACCUAUUCUAUAAUAAGCUCGUUCGACUACUGUAUCUCGAGAUACUAGUCUUUUUGUAACAAGGCAUCGCUUUGGAACCGGCGUUAGGGUAGCGGCAAGCGGUUUACGUCAGGAAGGCUAAGGGUUCAGGGACUUUUUCUUCUAUUCAUCUUUUAUACUGUUUACGGUGCGCAGCGCCUAUCAGUGCCAAUGAUCACGCGGUCAGCCCCUUGGCCUUCAUGGGGAUUCAUUUGUGUUAGGAUACAGGGGAACCAAAAUCAAAACGAAGCAAAGCUCUAUGGCUGUAUUGAGAUCGCCCUGUUAAGGCAUAGUGGCUAGCAGAAACAGAAUGCAAUGUUAUGCAUUUCAGAACCUAGAGUCUGCAUAUUUCUAUGUAGUAGGGAUAGUUUAGUCGCAGAGCUCGGUAGGAGAUAGUACAGCAUCAUCAUCACCUGCUGACCGACUACAUGGUCGUUAGUGGUAGUAUUUGUUGCUGUUUGCUGAGUUGGUAUGGACAAUGAAAUACUUUUACUCCUAUCUCUUACUUUUGCAUUAGUAGUGACUGCAAUAGAAAUGUAUGAUUAUGUAUAAUACGUCAGCUGACGGUCAUAAACAUGACAAAGCUCACAUACAAUUAUUAUAGACUACCUUUUUCA